CCCAACUCCCGACCUCCUCUACUACCACGUCCCAGGUACGACUUUCGCAUAAGCACCAUUGCCCGUCAUUUGCAGCGAUACAAAGACGAGGAAGAGAAAGAGCGAAAAGACGACAGACGCAAGGCCCAGCCUUCGCAUGUCAGGAAGACAUCAUGGCCGAAGAAAAGCUCGAACCCAUCGACGAAUUCAACGUCCGUGAGACGAAGCCGAAGAAGGUUGCGUACUUCUACGACAGUGAUGUCGGGAACUACGCGUACGUAGCGGGACAUCCUAUGAAGCCGCAUCGCAUUCGAGUUGCUCACUCGUUGGUCAUGAACUAUGGCUUGUACAAGAAGAUGGAGAUCUAUAGAGCGAAGCCAGCCACCAAGUACGAAAUGACCCAAUUCCACGCCGAUGAAUACAUCAACUUCCUCUCGACCGUCACCCCCGAUAAUAUGGAUAAUUACUCGAAGGAGCAAUCCAAGUACAAUGUUGGAGACGACUGUCCCGUCUUCGAUGGUCUGUUUGAGUUCUGUGGCAUCUCAGCAGGUGGCUCAAUGGAAGGCGCUGCGCGUCUGAACCGACAAAAAUGUGACAUCGCCAUCAACUGGGCUGGAGGGCUACAUCACGCGAAGAAGUGCGAGGCGAGCGGGUUCUGCUACGUCAACGACAUCGUCCUUGGUAUCCUCGAGCUCCUACGAUUCCACAAGCGCGUCCUCUACAUCGACAUCGACGUCCACCAUGGCGAUGGUGUCGAAGAAGCUUUUUACACCACCAACCGUGUCAUGACAUGCUCCUUCCACAAAUACGGCGAAUAUUUCCCUGGUACUGGCGAGCUCCGCGACAUCGGAGUGGGCGAUGGCAAGAAUUACGCCGUGAAUUUCCCGCUCCGUGACGGCAUCACCGACAAGACCUACAAGAGCGUUUUCGAGCCCGUCAUCGAAGCGGUCAUGAAGUGGUACCAACCGGAAGCGGUCGUCCUGCAGUGCGGUGGAGAUAGUUUGUCGGGCGAUCGUCUGGGCUGCUUCAAUCUCACGAUGAAGGGCCAUGCGAACUGCGUGAGAUUUGUCAAGAGCUUCAAUCUGCCCACUUUGGUGCUUGGUGGUGGUGGCUACACGAUGCGGAACGUGGCACGGACAUGGGCGUUCGAGACCGGAGCCCUUGUCGGACAACCAAUGCCUACCGUCUUGCCUUUCAACGAAUACUACGACUAUUUCGCCCCUGACUACGAACUGAACGUCCGUGCCUCCAACAUGGAGAACAACAACUCCCCCGAAUACCUCGACAAGAUAAAAUACCAGGUCAUCGAAAACAUCAAGCGCACUGCCUUCAACAACUCCGUGCAAAUGACCGAAAUCCCCGGCGAGCUCCGCCCGGGUAUCUCCUCCGAAGACGACGACAUGCGCGACGACGAAGACGAGGACGCCUUCCCGGAUGUCCGCGUGACCCAGCACCGCGAAGACCAACGCAUCCACGACGACCGCGAGUUCUACGAUAGCGACAACGAGGAGACAGAGCGGCCCCGGGCGCGACGGCGCCUCAGCCACCUGGGCGGGCGCAUGGUCCUGCAAGAUGAGCACGAGGACACCGAGUCCCGCGACGCUGUGAUGGCCGACGGCGAGGACAUCCUCGCGGAGAUCGCCAAGGCCUCCGACGACAUGAACGGAGACCCCGACGCCCUGCCCACCAACCACCCCAUCGACCCCACCAAACCUCCCGUCGCCCCCAUUAACGGUACCACCGCCCUCCCCACCCACAACGAACCCCUCGCCGACCUCCCCCCCGCCACCACCACCACCACCGCCGCCCUUCCCUCUCCCCCCACCGCCGAGGGACAGGAACCCCCCAUCCUCCCCGCCCCCACUGGUACCCGCGCCGAGAACAAAGCCAUCGAAGAUUCCAAAGUCGCCGAAGCCCUCGCCGCCUCCCUCCCCACCGACCCCUCCGCCUCCCCCUCCCGCUCUCCACCCCCCGUCGCCCCACCUACCGCCGCCGAACCCGCGCCCCAACCGACAACUAUCGUUGCCGAGCCCGUGCCAGAGAAGCCGACCACGGACGAGGACGGCGACGUGGCGAUGGGCGAGGAGGACGCGAAGGACGCGGUUCCGGACGUGGAGACGGUAGAGGAGAAGCCGAGCGUGGCGAAUGCGGUGGUAGAACGUGCGGACGCGCCGACGAAGGUGGUAGAGACGGGUGCGGACGCGGGGAAAGAUACGGAGAUGGAGACGGCGGAGACGGAGACGGAGCCGGUGGCUGCGGUAGCGGUAGCGGUGGCGGAGGCAGAGGCGAAGGUGGAGCAAGGGAGUAAGGAGGUUGCGAAGGAGGAAGUCGGGGAAGGGAGGAGGUCGGCGGAAGCGGAGGGUGGGGAGAAGGAGAAGGCGAGCCAGUGAAUUCGAAGUCCGACAGGUCCGUUUUGGAAUUUCUCCACCGUCAUCUGAAGGAAGGGUCGAUCGUUCUCGUUCCGGACCGCUUGGCAAUGCGGGCGGUGCGGCGUCCCUACAUCUAUCCCUUCGGGGCUGACGGUCAC